AUGCCUAUGGAACUUCGCAAGCGCAAGGCAUCUACUGCCCCUCCCCCUCCUCCCGUGAAGCGGAAGUCAACUACCAAGGCUCCCAAAGCGGCUGCUAAGGUGAAGGAGGCCGCUGCCAAGGUCACGGAGAAGAAGGAAGAGCCUGAGGAGGCUAAGGAGGAGAAGAAGACUGAGGAGGAGCCCAAGGUUGAGGAAACUAAGGCGGAGGAGUCCAAGAAGACCGGUGGCAAGCCUGAGGUUGGCGAUGUUGUGGACCUUGAUGGCUUUGGAGGCGAAAUUGAGACCAAUGAUGGUGAAAAGACCACACUGAAGAAGCUUGUUGAUGAGAGCAAGUCUGGUGUCGUCCUCUUCACCUACCCCAAGGCAUCUACUCCCGGCUGCACCAAGCAAGUCUGCUUCUUCCGCGACUCUUAUGAGCCUCUUACCAAGGACGGCCUUGCCAUUUACGGUCUCAGCGCCGACUCCCCCAAGGCCAACACAACCUUCAAGGAGAAGCAAAAGCUCCCUUACACACUGCUGUGCGACCCCAAGGCAACACUCAUUGAGGCCAUCGGUCUCAAGAAGGCUCCUAAGGGAACGACGCGCGGUGUUUUUGUCAUUAGCAAGGAGGGCAAGAUUCUGGUCGCUGAGGCUGGAAGCCCCCAGGGCACUCUUGAUCGCGUUCAGGUACUGGUUGAAGAGCUGGCUAGCAAAUAA